AUGCAAAAACAGCUCAUGUUCAUUAACGGGGGUCAGCGUAACACGGUGGAAGUUUACCUUCGAGGAGACGUCCAGUUUCAGGACAGCUUGUACGUGGCUGGCAGUAAGCUAGUUGUCAACGUGGAACCUUACGAAAGUGUCCAGCUUCAGAGCGAUCAAGAUUUGACCGGGUCAAGAAUACUGUCACAACUUCCUGUAGCUGUGUACUCAGGCCACACCUGCACCUGGUUCUUCUCAAAGUGCAACCAUGUCUAUGAGCAGCUGCUGCCUGUGCCAAGCUGGGGCACUAGCUACCUGGUGCCUCCGAUGUCCACCCAAAGCCAAUACGACAGCGUCUUCGUCCAGGCAUCGCAGCCAACACAAAUAUCUGUACGUUCAAGUAGUUCCACUGUAAAUGCCACCUUAAUCCCUGGUCAGUCAGCUGAAUACAGAGUCUAUUUCCCAGACGCCCUCAGCAUCACUGCAGAUAAGGGAAUUCAGGUUCUCUUUCUGUUCAACGGGGUUCAACUGUCUUGGUCAAAAAUGUACGACUCGUUCAUGUUGAAUCUGCUGUCCACUGACCGUUUCUGCUACUCAUACGCUCUGGAUGGGCAAGACGGCUUUGACAACCGAGCACUUCUAGUGGUGCCGAGCAAAGACGUGUCUGGGCUGCUGUUUAACGGAGCUCCUCUAUCUAGUUCUGUCCGUUGGAGGGCAGUGGAAAAGACUGAGUACUCCUGGGCUGAGCUAGUCUACAUGUCAGGAGUGGGAAGACACACUGUGACCCAUCCAAGUGCAGCCUUUGGCGUCUACGCAGUAGGACUAGCGCUGAUGAAUGGAUAUGGAUCAGCAGCACUCUGCACAGUACCUGUCACCUGUUAUAACUUCACGUGUGGUGUGGAUGAGGAGUGCCAGAUGAGGGAUUUUACUCCGACUUGUGUGAAGAAGCCUGUACCAGAAAAGCCUGGAGUAUGCUGGGCCGUGGGGGACCCCCACUACCGGACCUUUGAUGGUCGCUAUUUUGACUUCAUGGGCACUUGCACCUACGUCAUCACCAAGAACUGUAAGAGCAACAGCAGUUUGCCAUCUUUCGAGGUUCAAGCGCAAAACGAGAACCGAGGCAACAUCGAAGUCUCCUUUGUGGCUCUUGUGACUGUGAAGGUUGGAGGCAUCACCAUCACCAUUGAUCGCUCACAGAAGGGUCGAGUGAGGAUUGACCACACUGUCUGGACUCUACCUGUUCAAAUGAACGAAGCUGGAGUAAAUGUGUCACAGUCGGGCCUCUCCGCCACCAUCCAAACAUAUUUUGGCUUGACUGUGCAGUAUGACUGGGAUAACUAUCUUCUGGUGACCCUCCCUGCUACCUUCAAGGGAAGAGUGUGUGGCCUGUGUGGAAACUUCAAUGGCAAUCCGGACGAUGACCUAACUACUCCAUACAACACGCAGAGUCCUAGUGUGGUGGAGUUCGGCAUCAGCUGGAGAGUUUCCAACCUGACGGACUGUGUCGACUUUGUGAAUGGUCGCAGUGGUAUGGGUCAGAGUUGUGAUGUAGAAGCACUAAAAGAGUGGGAAGGUGAACAAGACUGUGGACUCCUAAACAGCACCUCUGUUGGCCCAUUCAGUCGCUGCAAUGCUGUCAUUGACCCAAAUGUCUAUAUGCAGAAUUGUCUCUUUGACACUUGCAUGGCUGGUGGGCUCAGGUUCUACUUGUGCAAGGCUCUAGAGGUCUAUGCAGAUGCCUGCCAACGAGCUGGGCUCAAAGCAGAAAGAAUGGCAUACAGCUGCCCUGAGAACAGCCAUUAUGAGCUGUGUGGCAGUGCUUGUCCUGCAACCUGUAUGUAUCCCAGCCCUGCAACUAACUGCUCUUUGCCCUGUGUGGAAACGUGUGCCUGCAACCCCGGCUUCGUUCUGAGCGGAGCAGUGUGUGUCCCCUCAAGCAGCUGCGGCUGCUCACAAAACGGACGCUAUGUUCCUGCUGGGGAGUCUUUCUGGUCGGACGAUCGCUGCAGCACCCGAUGCCGCUGCCCACCUGGAGGCGGGCAGAUAGUCUGUGAGAUUACAGGCUGUAAAGCGGGGCAGCAGUGCCAGGUGUUGAAUGGGAUUAGAGACUGCUACCCGGUCUCCCAGAAAACCUGUUUGGCAUUCGGCGACCCCCAUUACCUCAGCUUUGAUGGGAGGAGGUUUGACUUUCAGGGCACCUCUGUGUACCAGCUGGUCGGUCUGUGCUCCAAUGAUUCUGGACUGGUCCCAUUUGAAGUUCUGGUGCAGAAUGACUUCCGAGGAAGCUGGACGGUCUCCUUCACUAAACUGUUGCAGGUCAAGAUUUACAACCUCACCAUUGUCAUCAGCAAAGAAUACAAAGGCUCAGUAAUGGAGUCCAGUGUCCUCCACAUAGUCAUUAUGACAUUUGUGGACCAGGCUGUCCAACGACCUGUUACAGCCUUGGCUCUGCUCUCAGCUGUCAGCGACCCUGUGAUUUGCGGAAACGUCUCGUGUGGCCUGUAUGAAUCGUGUGCGGUGGUGAACGGUGUCCGUCAGUGCCAGCCGGUGGGUAAAGCAGUGUGUGAGGCCGCGGGCGACCCACACUACACGUCUUUCGACAGGCUUCGUUUCGACUUUCAGGGAACCUGCCGCUACACACUGUCCCAGGCGUGCGGUCUGCAGGGGACGAACCUUGUGCCCUUUUCUGUGGAGGUGGAAAAUGAGAGAUGGCCCUAUAAAGCUUUUAAAGUCUCUGUUACCAAGCAAGUUUCCCUGGCUGUGUUUGGACACACCUUUGUUCUGAGACAAAACAUGGCCCAGAUCUUGGUGAAUGGGCUGUUGACUAACCUACCAUGGAGCUUGAAUGGCAGCAAAGUGCAAAUCUCUAAGGAGGGCAUAAACUAUGUGAUGACAACUGAUUUCGGCCUUCGUGUGACCUAUGACCUCUUGUACUAUGUUACGGUCACUGUUCCCAGCACCUAUCGCAACAAGACUUGCGGCUUGUGUGGGAACUUUGACGGAAAUCCUUCUAAUGACUUCCUCCUGCCCAAUGGUACCAUCACAACAGACAUAAAUGCCUUUGGAAAAGCCUGGAAAGUUGCACUUCCUGGAGUGGAGUGUGAGGAUGACUGUCAAGGCAGCCAGUGCCCAGACUGCAGCCCCAGUCUAAGGGCUGUUUUUGAACGGCCAGCGUACUGCGGGCUGCUCUCGGACCCUCUGGGCCCGUUUGCCUCCUGCCACGCAGUGGUUGAUCCAUCUGCUUAUCUCAGAGACUGUGUUUUUGAUGUGUGUGUUUCUGGGGGCAGCAGUGCUGUGGCCUGUCAGAGUGUGGCAGCCUAUGCUUUCAAAUGUCAAACAGCAGGAGUGGCCUUUAAGAGCUGGAGAACAGACUCCUUCUGUCCACUGUCCUGUCCUGCUCACAGUCAUUAUGAGCUGUGUGCAGAUGCUUGUUCUGCUGCCUGUCCUGGACUAACUGACAUCAUAAAAUGCUCCAGCUACUGCACUGAGGGCUGCACCUGUGACCCCGGAUACCUGUUCAAUGGCCAUGACUGCGUCCAGUACUUACAGUGUGGCUGUUAUGAGGAUGGACGCAUGUACAAGCCGGGUGAGGUCGUGUACCAGGCGCAGUGUCAGCAGAAAUGUAUGUGUGAUCCAGUCAUGGGUCUUAUCUGUGAGACGCACAGCUGCUCUAAUGGCACGCGCUGUAUGCUCAGGAAUGGAGUCAUGGCCUGCUUUCACACAGAUCCAUGUGUGGACGCUCGUUGCCGUGAAAAGGAGAUUUGCCGUGUCAUAGGGGACCAGGCUGUGUGUGUUCCCAUGUACAGUGCCACCUGCUGGGCCUGGGGUGACCCACACUACCUCACCUUCGAUGGCUUUAACUACGACUUCCAGGGCACCUGCAGGUACACCCUGUCCAAAACCUGCGGCCACCUGGACAGCCUGGAGCCCUUCUCUGUGACUGAGAGCAACGACAAUCGUGGCAACAAUGCUGUGUCUGUUGUGCGAGAGGUAGAAGUGGAGGUGUAUGGCAUUACUGUCACCAUACAGAAGUACCAGUGGGGUCAGAUCAUGGUGAAUGGAGAAAGGCUUUAUCUGCCUCUGGUGCUUCUCGGUGGCCGAGUGAAGCUCAAGCAGAUCGGCUCUUCUGCCGUCAUGGAAACAGACUUUGGCCUGCGAGUGAGUUAUGACUGGAACUCUAUGCUUUACCUGCAGCUGCCCAGCAGCUACUACAACCGUGUGUGUGGCCUGUGUGGAAACUUCAACGGAAGCCGAAACGAUGAACUAAGUGACCCGGCGGGCGUCCCACAGGCCACAGUGGCUCAGUGGACCAGGAGCUGGAAAUCAAACAAAUCUGAGGCUAACUGCAGCGAUGGCUGCGAGAGAGACUGUCCCGUGUUUUCAGCUGACCAGCAGAAGCUGUAUAACACAGACGCUUACUGUGGUGCCCUGACGUCCACGAGCCUGGACGUUUUUACGUCCUGCCGUUCUAAAGUGGAUCCUGCAGUGUUCCAGCAGAGCUGUGUGUAUGAUUUAUACUUCAAUAACGGAGACCCCAGGCUGCUCUGUGAUGCCCUAGAAGCUUACGUUAGCAGGUGCCGCCUUGAAGGCAUCGUCAUUACUGGCUGGAGAGAGAAAUUCAACUGUUCCAUGAGAUGUCAGCCGCACAGUCACUAUGAGGCCUGCGCUUCUCCGUGUAAUUCAACCUGCCCCUCUACGCAGCAGCAGCCCAACUGCACGGGCGUGUGUGUGGAAGCGUGUGUUUGUGACCCUGGCUUCUUCCUCAGUGGCAGCACCUGUGUACCUGCUGACCAGUGUGGCUGCUUCUACGAGGGCCGUUACUACCAGCAGGGCCAGAGCUUCUGGGCAGACGAGAAGUGUCGGAGGCGGUGUGUGUGUGACUCCACGCUGGGUGUGGUGGUGUGUCGUGAAGCCUCAUGCUCAGCCAAGGAGACAUGCGCUGUAGUGGAUGGCGUCAGAACAUGCGUGGCCUCCAGCAGCGCUACGUGUGAAGUGUUUGGUGACCCUCAUUACCGUACAUUUGAUGGACAGCUAUAUGACUUCCAGGGUUCCUGCAUGUACCAGCUGGUGGCGCUGUGCUCUAACAGAACGGAUCUCGUGCCUUUUAAUGUUACUGUGCAGAAUGAGCGUCGUGGAAGCUCAGCAGUGAGCUUCACCAGGACGGUGAUGGUGUCUGUGUUCGGUGUUGAGAUCACCAUGACUAGAGAGCAUCCUUAUCAAAUACUGUUGGGUGGCCUACUCACGGAUCUCCCUCUCGAGAUGCGAGACAUGCUUGUGGUUUAUCAUGGUGGUGUCGCUGCUGUCCUGGAGACGACCUUUGGCCUGCAGGUGACUUUUGACUGGACCGGCAGGCUCUGGGUCUCUCUGCCCAGUGUGUAUGGCGGAGCUGUGUGCGGCCUCUGUGGAAACUACAAUGGCAGUAGUCAGGAUGACUUCACCUUGCCAAAUGGCACCAUAGCACCUGAUGCAGUGGCACUGGGCCAAAGCUGGCAGGUGGGCAGCACACCUGAUUGCAGCUCAGCUCCAUGCCAGAACACACAGUGCUUUAACUGCUCAGGAACGCAGAAGGAGGAUGCCCAGCGCAACUGCAGCAUCAUCACUGACCAGACAGGUCCAUUUAAAGAGUGCCAUGCCGUGGUCGACCCUGGAUCCUAUGCAGCUAACUGUGUGUUUGAUACCUGCCAGUAUCAGGGACGCCAGAGUGUGUUGUGUGACGCUAUAGCAGUUUAUGUCUCAGCCUGUCAGAGUAAAGGUGUGGCUAUCCGACCCUGGAGAAACGGCACUUUCUGCUCUCUGUCCUGCCCACCCAACAGUCAGUACAGCCUCUGUGCCCCAGGCUGUGUGGAGACCUGUGCCAGUCUCUCCUCUACCUGUAGAAGACCCUGCGCCGAGGGCUGCCGGUGUGACCCAGGCUUUGUGUUCAGUGGUCAAACCUGUGUGCCGCUGGCUGAAUGCGGCUGCUUUUAUGGAGGCCGUUAUUACAAGAAGCACCAGGUGUUCUACACAGAUGUGCAGUGCCAUAUGGGGUGUUGGGCUGCCAUCCAGAUGGAUACAGCAGCUGCUUGGCCACCGGAGACCCUCAUUAUACGUCAUUUCGAUGGUCGGAUGUUUGACUUUCAAGGUGUCUGUGUUUACACUCUGGCCAAAGUGUGCACGAACGCUGGAGAGAAACUGAUUUAUUUUUCUGUGGAAACAGAGAAUGAAAGUGUUGGAUGGGCAUCUGUGGUCAAGGCAGUGACCGUGUCUGUCUAUAACUUCACUAUCAAGAUCAGACAAGAUGAGAGUGGAGAGUGGAGAGUGAGGGUGAACAGUGAAAUCAUAAACCUUCCCACAGCACUGGAUGGCAGAAUCUUGCUGACCAGGCUGGGUUUUGGUGUCAGACUGCAAACUGACUUUGGGCUGCAGGUGUUCUACACUACAAACCAUGCAGAAAUCAAAGUCCCAUCUACCUAUAACAACAGCAUGUGUGGAUUAUGUGGCAACUACAAUGGUAACCCUGCUGAUGACUUCCUGCUGCCCAGUGGUAAUCAGACCACUAGCGUGGAUGCGUUUGGACAGGCUUGGAUGCUGGCGCCGCCUGGUGUACCGUGUGGAGGCUGCGAGGGGAUUUGUCCAAAGUGUGAGGCGGCCAAAGCGGCACUGUACCGUGGAAAUGACUCAUGUGGACUUAUCUCACUGCCUGCUGGUCCCUUCAGUGGCUGCCAUAAGCAGGUGGAUCCCCAGGCAUAUGUGAAUAACUGUGUGUUUGACAUGUGUGUAAUGGAUGGGAGCCUGACUGCGCUUUGCCAGAGCAUUCAAGCUUACGCCUCUGCCUGCCAGCGAGCAGGACUGUACAUCCAGGCCUGGAGAAACAGCUCCUUCUGCUCUGCCCGAUGUCCAGCUAACAGCCACUAUUCACUCUGCUCCGACAACUGUGCCAACACCUGUGCCAGCCUCACCUGGCCAGGGAGCAGAUGUCCGAAGGCGUGUCUGGAGGGCUGCCAGUGUGAUGAGGGGUUUGUGUGGGAUGGUGAUGCGUGUGUGCCUCUGAAGGACUGCGGGUGUGUUCAUGAGGGAAAAUAUUUGAAGACUGGCGAAGUACUGGUGUCCGAAAGCUGCGAUGUGAAGUGUAUGUGCCUACCUGGAGGAGUCCUGCAAUGUGAAAAUCAAGUCUGCAGCCGCGGGGAGGUGUGUGACGUUCGGGAUGGGCAUCGAGGGUGCCACCCAGAGCUAGGACGGUGUGAGAUCUACCCCAAUGCCCUGCUGCAGUCGUUUGAUGGGGCACAAGGGAUGGUGGACCAGAUGGGAGCUUUUCAGAUGGCCUUCCUGUGCGAUGAACGGUCUCCAGAGUGGUUCCGCGUGGUGGCAGAUGUCCGUUUGUACUCCAAGGCUGCUGCUGCUAGUGUGGCUAACGUUUAUGUGUUCUUACAGGGCACGUUCAUCACAGUUAACAGUCAGAAACACAGCUGGGUGAAUGGAAAGAAGGUGUCAUAUCCCAGUGCUCCAGCCAAAGAGGUGCUGAUUGAGUAUACGGGCGAGACUGUGGUCAUAGAGAGAGCGUCCAGCAUCAGAGUGGAGUACAGCAACACUCAACAGCUCACAUUAACCAUCAGUGAUGGUCUGGCGGGAAAAGUGUGCGGCGCUUGUGGCAACUUCAACAGAAACCUCACAGACGACAUGGUAACAGCCAGUGGGAGAAAUUCCUCCACGCUGUCUGGGCUUGUAGCGUCCUGGCAGGCGGAUGACUUCUCCAGAUGUGGGCUCUAAGGAUACAGAAGAAACUUCACCACUGCAGUGUCUGAAUCCCCUGUGAAAGGGUUUGAGUCAUAAUGACUAUGGACCUCUUUUUCUUUUCUCUUACAUGUGUACU